UAAGGACCGUGGAAUUACCAUCAAUCGUUUUGAGUUUAGGGUUUUCGUGCUUCGUUCUCUCUGGCCAGCCGCACUCUCAAGCACCGACCAAGAAGAAACCUGAUCCGAAGCCCUAACCAUGUCGCUGGUAGCGAAUGAGGAGUUCCAGCACAUUCUUCGUGUGCAGAACACGAACGUCGACGGUAAACAGAAGAUCAUGUUUGCGCUGACCUCAAUCAAGGGUAUCGGGCGUCGUUUCGCCAACAUCGUCUGCAAGAAGGCCGAUAUCGACAUGAACAAGAGGGCUGGUGAACUCUCAAGUCAGGAAAUUGAUAACCUGAUGACAAUCGUUGCAAAUCCUCGCCAGUUCAAAAUCCCUGACUGGUUUCUGAACAGGAAGAAGGAUUAUAAGGAUGGGAAGUACUCUCAGGUGACAUCAAAUGCUCUGGACAUGAAGCUCAGGGAUGACUUGGAGCGACUGAAGAAGAUCAGGAACCAUCGCGGGCUACGUCACUACUGGGGUCUUCGAGUGCGUGGACAGCAUACCAAGACCACCGGCCGUAGGGGAAAGACUGUCGGUGUCUCCAAGAAGCGAUAAUUUGCUUCUCUGUUUGCUAUGGUUCCUGCAGCUAGUUUUGUUGAACGACCUUUACCAACAUCAGCACUUCUUUGAGAAUUGAUGUUAUCUUUUGCCGUGAUUUUUGCACCAUUUUGAUGUUUUCAGCUACUUAUCUAUAUGUUUCUCUCUAUACAUUAUGACUUCUGGUUGACUUGGGUAGUCGUCUAGUUUAUGGUGUUUAAUAUGAAUGGAUCUUUUUUUUGGAA